UUCUUUGGAGUUUGUUUCUCAAACGUGGAUCAAGUAGUUUUGUUGCAAGAAAUCGGUAUAAAACAAAGCUCCACCGCCCUACAGUUCAGCUGACGGGAAGUGAGGACGGGGUGUGCAGCUGCGAGUUCGAGAGCGACUGGACCCCCAAAGUCAAGGGUGGGCCCCAGCACCUUGCACGCCCCGUCUUUCUAGGUAGGUAACACGGAAGAGCUGGGGAGUUGGUGGCGACCAGGCGUGAGGAACCGAGAAGGAAGAGUCUGCCGUGAUAGUGGAGAGUGAGGCUGUGUACCUUGGGGAGAGGGGAGCAAGGAGGGAGAUAAGUGAAGCAGUGGCCGGUGCCAAAGCAACUCUUAGAACUAGUAGCGUGGCGGCGAAAGGGGAGGGUGGACAGCAGGUGGGAGGCAGUCCACUCUCGGAAGUGGGGAGCGUGCCCUGGACGAGGGAGGCUGUUUGGCGGGAAUUAUGGAUGGAGGUCUACGGUGGAAAUGGAUAAGGGGAUCUUACUUAUGUGGGAGUCUGUGGAAGGGGGUCUACACUGGGGUAGGUGCAGGAAGUAGACGUCUACACGAGAGUAUUGUCUGCUUUAGAUUCCACCUUGGAAGUGGGAGUGCCUGCGUUGGGUAAUGAGGAGGUAGGGAUGUACAGUGCAAGAGGGAAGGGUCUCUUGCUGGCGGAAUUGAGGGGGAAGAAGGGUUUGCACAAAAGCUGGGGAGACGGAGGGAGUCGAAAAUGGGUUUGGGAGGGAGUCCUCGCUAAAUUGGGGAACCUAUCUAGAGGAUGGGAGGAGGUCUGUUUGUACCCCAAGAAAACAGAUGAGGGACCUGUGCCGUGGUCCCGUGAGAGGAUGGUCUGGUUGUGGAACUCUCAGACCGCCUGCGCCCGUGAACUGCCCAUUGUUGGCAGGCCCGACCAUGGGAACCCAAAAGCCACGGAUCCUGCCUUGGCUGGUGUCCCAGCUGAACCAGGGGCACCUGGAGGGUGUGGCUUGGCUGGACCCGAGCCACAGGCGCUUCCGCAUACCCUGGAAGCACGGUUUGCGGCAGGAUGCCCAGCAGGAGGACUUCAGCAUCUUUCAGGCCUGGGCAGAGGCCAGUGGUGCCUACAUUCCUGGGAGGGAUACGCCUGACCUGCCAACCUGGAAGAGGAAUUUCAGGUCUGCCCUGAACCGGAAGGAAGUGUUGCGUUUAGCUGAGGACAGGAGCAAGGACCCCCACGAUCCACACAAGAUCUAUGAAUUUGUGAACCAAGGAGCUGGGGACUUUACUGAGCUGGAGAACUCUCCAGACACCGAUGGCAGAGGCAGUACCUCUGAUACCCAGGAAGACAUUCUGGAGGAGUUACUGAGUGACAUGGUCUUGGGUCCAAAUCCAGUUGAGGGGGCCUCAAGUCUGGCUGUGUCUCCUCAAUACCCCCCGCAACACUUGCAGAGCCCCAACUUAGACACCCUUGCUCCCCACCCAAACUCGGAACCCCCUGAAAACCCACUGAGGCUGUUGGUGUCCGAGGAAAACUGGGAGUUCGAAGUGACUGCCUUCUACCGGGGCCGCCAAGUCUUCCAGCAGACUGUCUUCUGCCCGAAGGGCCUGCGGCUGGUGGGGUCAGAAGGAGACAGGACACUCCCUGGGCAGCCUAUAACACUGCCAGACCCUGGGGAGUUCCUGAGAGACAGGGCCGUGAGGGACUACGUGAGUCGUGUACUGAGAUCCCUGGGUGGAGGAAUAGCUCUGUGGAGAACAGGGCAGUGGCUCUGCACCCAGAGGCUGGGGCCCUGCCAUGCAUACUGGGCUUUGGGCGAGGAGUUCCUCCCUGACAUUGGUCGCAAGCCUGAUGGCGAGGUCCCCAAGGACAUGGAAAGAGGCGUGUUCAACCUGGGGCCAUUUGUGACAGAUCUGAUCGCCUUCAUCGAAGGAAGCGGACGCUCACCACGCUACACCCUCUGGUUCUGUAUGGGGGAGACGUGGCCCCAGGACCAGCCGUGGACCAAGAAGCUAGUGAUGGUCAAGGUUAUUCCCACAUGCCUCAGGGCUCUGCUAGAGCUGGCGCGGGCAGGGGGUGCCUCCUCGCUGGAGAACACCGUGGACCUGCACAUUUCCAACAGCCACCCACUCUCCCUCACAUCAGACCAAUACAAGGCCUACCUCCAGGACCUGGUUGAGAACAUGGAUUUCUAGGUCACUGGGGGAGGUCUGAGCCCACCACUCAUGGGUGCAGUCCCCUCACCUCAACCAAUAAACUGUUUCUUGC